AUAAAGUUUUAUCAGCCUUCUUCUGGCCUUGCUUGAAGAUGGUCGCGCCUUACUGGUGAUCCACCCCAUUCCUCAUCUAAUCUUCCUCAGACUAUCAAGCAAUGGCCACUUGUGUAGCAUCCCCCUCCCUCUCCUUUUCCUCUUCCUCCAUUUUCUUCUCCUCAUCACGGAUUACUUACAAACCGCCACCGUGUUCCCCAGGAAUUCUAAACAGAACCCUAACCAUCCGCUCUGACCUCUCCACUCUCCCCAUCCUUUCUUUCUCCGGUGAAAAGGUCGGCGACGCCUCCCUCGACCUUAAGUCCGCUCCUCCCGAUACCGCCCGCUCCGUCGUCCACCGUGGCAUCAUCACCGACCAGCAGAACCAACGCCGCGGUACCGCCUCCACCCUCACCCGUGCUGAGGUUAGUGGCGGUGGCAAAAAGCCCUACCAACAGAAGAAGACUGGCCGGGCCCGCCGCGGUUCCCAGCGGACUCCUCUCCGUCCCGGAGGCGGGGUGGUUUUUGGCCCGAGGCCAAGGGACUGGUCCAUCAAGAUCAACCGCAAGGAAAAGCAACUGGCUCUCUCCACCGCCAUUGCAAGCGCCGUUGCUGCAGCCGAUGCCUUCGUUGUGGAGGAUUUCGGGAAGGAGUUUGCGGGCGGGCCGAAGACGAAAGAGUUUGUGGCGGCAAUGAGGAGGUGGGGACUGAAUCCCAACGAGAAGGCCAUGUUCCUCAUGACGGAGGUCCCGGAUAACGUGAUGCUGUCCUGCAGGAACAUCGGGACGCUGAAGAUGCUGACUCCGAGAACACUGAAUCUAUUUGACAUCUUGGAUUCCAAGAAGCUGGUGUUCACCCGGUCUGCUUUGGAGUACCUCAACUCAAUGUAUGGAUUGGACGCGGUCCAAGACGAAGACCAGGAGGAGAUCUCUUGAUACUCAAGGAGCACUUCCCGCGGCUAAGUGAAUGGCAGUGAAAUACCUGUCUUCUUGAAGUGAUCUUUCACCACAAUCUCCGUGAACUUAAUUGCAAGAUGGCUGUCAUACAUAUUCACAAAUUUUUCAUUACAUAUGGGAGCCCUAGAAGACGUGGGAGUUAGGCUGAAGGCUAUAGCCAGUUUCUCACUGAGGUGAGGCAAACUGAACUUUUUCUCCUCAUCCUCCAUGUCUUGAUAAUCCAUGCUCUUCCCUGGCACCUAGCCAGACUCCCUUACCCUGCUCAUUAGUUCGUUCAAGAAACUAUCCCUCUGUUUCAUGGGUCACCUAUCCCCUGUUGAGAAAUGAUGCACUUCACCACCCUGAAAUUGCACCCAACUGAUCCGGAGCUAGUUCCAAUUUAAGUAUUUGUUCCCUCACCUGCUUCGGUGCUUCACCAUCUCGACUUUCUUCUGAGAUUUAUGGGCUGAUGACAAUGUCUUCCAUAUUACGUGGUUGGCGGAAAUCAGCAUAGAUUUAAUCAGAUCUUCCCCUUCAUCUAGGCAAGCUGACCGACCAAGGAGAUCUACCACACAGUUGCAGUGCUUCAGAGUGAAUUUCAUUGCAUGCUUGUUGCCCAUGAGCUCCAAAUGGUCCAUCUCCUUGUCCUUCAAUCCACUGUAAUAACAAGCAUACAUCAUACUAUUAAUCAAACUAUUAGAGUUUGUGACAUGAAUUCUAGUUGAUCUGAUCUGAAAAACUCAUAAUGCAAUUUAAGGGAAUC